GCAUUCAUUCGCAUGGAAAGUGUAGCAUCUCAUUGUGUCUCGAUCGCCGGUGCGGGUCGAGUUCGAGAAGGAAUUCUGGUCGCGCUUGGGCGGCAUUUCAGUGGAGAUCAGGAUGUCUCCAGCCAGUCAGCACGAUCGUGGCUAACCGCGUGCUUUGAACGAUACGAUGAGGUCCGUUACAGUUAACGAGUAGCGGGUUAUCAUUAUUUAACGAUAUGCUUAUUCUCCACAGAAUAGUGCUGGCUUUGUAUCGAGUGAUGCAAUGCUCAACGUAGUCGCCGAGCUCUCGCUGUUCCGGAUUCAGGACUGGUCUGCGGACGAAGUAUCCACGUUUUGCUCCUUCUUCUUUCGAGGUGAAGAUGUUGAGCGGAACUUCGACUAUCGACUGUUUCUAGACUACCUCUUUUUCCCUGUUUCCCAGCAUGCACCGCGGAUUAAACUGAAGAAACAGGUCGCUGCCGAGGAUAUUUUCACCAUUCAUGAAGGGAGUUUAACACCACCACAAAUUGGACCAGAAGAAUCAGACGAACAUCCAUGCAUCCCUGUAGUGAUUAAACAACUCGACCUGGAGAAAUUUGCAGGCGAAACCGAGAAGUUCCCUCAGUUUGGUGGAACGGAGGAGCUGGUGGGUCAAAUGCGACAUCGAGUUAACGAGCUGCGGCUGCUCACUCACCCGAAUUUGGCUGGAUACCAGACCACCUUGCAGAAUGGAAAUUCGCUGUACGUGAUCCAGGAACACCACCAGAUCUGCACUUUGAAGACGAUUCUUGAGUCGUUUGGUCCCAUGAAGGAGCCGACAAUUCGUCGCUAUCUUCUGCAGAUUCUUCAGGCGUUGACAUUUCUACACGAUCACGGCGUACAGCACGGAAAUUUGACGAUGCAAACAGUACAAAUCGACAGCUACGGACUCCUAAAACUCACAGAUUUCGGGAUUCGACGCUGUUUGCUUCCACUUCUUUCACGUGCACAUCUUGCUAAGGACGACUGUGCACACAAUACUGUGGCCCCUGAAGCUCUUCGGGACUUUCGUUUGUGGGGUGAGAAGACGGACGUGUGGUGUGUCGGCAUCCUGACACUUCAAAUGGCAAAUGGGUUGGUGAACUACCCACCCCAACAACUGUUUGAUCAGCCCAAAGGCAGAAAUCCCUCUCGCAGUGCUCGCUUUCAACCCAGCCGAUCACCCGUGACAAGACAAGAAAUGGAGUUGCCUGGUGAUUCGCUUCCUGAUUUAGCAUCGAGAAACCUCAAGAACUUUGUUCGUGCGUGUACGCAACGUGAUCCCCGCAAACGACCAUCAGCCAAGGAGCUGCUGGAGAUGGGAUUCUUUCAGAUCGACCAAACCAAGGAGACGAACGAAGUGCUGCGUACAGUCUGCACCGACUUGGACGCAACGAUGCGGAAGCUCAGGUCUUCUUCUCCUACGCCACUAAGACGCAAGUCUAGGGGCUGAACAAUAUCAUUGCAAGUUUGAAUAGACUAAAGAAUAAUGUACAGGGAUUCAUUUCGAUA